UAGUCGUUGACUUGAUUGAAAAUCCAUUGAAACAAUGUCUUUCUCCUACGAUGUGUUCAUAAAUUUCAGAGGAAAUGAUACUCGUGACACGUUCGUUUCUCAUCUAUUUGCUGCACUCUCAAACGCAGGAAUUAACACUUUUAUUGAUGACAAGAAUCUUAGAAAGGGAGAGGAGCUUGGACCAGAAUUGAAGAGGGCAAUAGAAGCCUCUCACAUAUCUGUUGUUGUUAUUUCAGUUUACUACACAGAAUCUAGCUGGUGUCUUAAUGAAUUGGUGCAUAUCAUGGAAUGCCGCAAAAAUUAUGGCCGGUUCGUUAUACCGGUAUUUUACCGUGUUGAUCCAUCUUCUGUCCGUAGACCGAGUGGUAGUUUUGGAGACUCGUUGAAAUUCACUGCAAGAAAAAAAGAACAUCUGUUGGACAAGUGGAGGACUGCACUCACUGAAGUUGCUAAUCUAUCUGGUUGGGAUUCGAGUCGAUUCAGUGAAGGUGAACUAGUGAAGAAAAUUGUUGAGGACAUUUUGACAAAAAUAGAUGUCUCAUUGUUGUCUAUUACUGAAUUUCCGAUUGGAUUGGAAUCCCGUGUGCAAAAUAUGACCAAGUUUAUUGAUGAUCAAUCAAGCAAAGCCUGUAUGAUAGGGAUAUGGGGAAUGGGUGGUUCGGGCAAAACAACUACGGCCAAAGCUAUCUACAACCGAAUCCAUCGUAAAUUUGAGGGUAGAACAUGUUUCAUUGAAAGUAUACGAGAGAUUUGUGAAAAUGAUACUAGAGGAAUUAUUCAUUUACAAGAACAGCUUCUUUCAGAUCUCCUCAAAAUAGAGGCCAAGAUACGUAACGUUGCGUCGGGGAUAGCUAAGAUACAGACAAGACUUCGAGGGAAAAAGGCUUUCGUCGUACUCGAUGAUGUGACCAAGUCGGAGAAAUUAAAAGCCCUCUGUGGAAAUCGUAAGUUCUUUGGUUCGGGAAGUGUAGUGAUUAUUACAACUAGAGAUGUACGCCUUCUGAAAUCACUUAGUGCUGGCCAUGUCUUCACAAUGACGGAACUGGAUGACAAUCAGUCCCUUGAACUUUUCAGCUGGCAUGCUUUUCGACAACCAAGUCCUAGAAAAGAUUUUAGUGAACUCUCUAGAAAUGUAGUUGCUUAUUGUGGAGGAUUGCCUCUGGCUCCUGAGGUCCUUGGAUCUUACUUGUCUGAGAGGACGGAAGAAGAAUGGAAAAGCGCACUAUCAAAAUUAGAGAAAAUUCCCAACGAUCAAGUGCAACAGAAAUUGAGAAUCAGCUACGAUGGUUUAGAAGAUUAUAAGGAAAAGGAUAUAUUUCUUGACAUAUGCUGCUUCUUCAUUGGAAAGAGCAGAGUUGCUGUUACAGAUAUACUUGAUGGCUGUGGACUUCAUGCUGAUAUUGGAAUAGCUAUCCUCAUAGAACGCAGCCUCGUAAAAGUAGAAAAGAAUAACAAGCUUCAAAUGCAUGAUUUGCUACGAGACAUGGGAAGAGCAAUUGUUGGCGAAAGCUCAGAAAAAGAGCCUGCAAAGCAUAGUCGAUUGUGGUUUCGUGAGGAUGUGCUGGAUGUUUUGUCAAAUAAUACUGGAACACAAACAAUUGAAGGAUUGAUUUUGAGGGUGCAACAAACAGGAAGAAUUCACUUCAGCACUAAUGCUUUCCAAGAAAUGAAAAAGCUGAGGCUUUUAAAACUUGAUGGUGUUGACCUUAAAGGAGAUUAUGGAUUAAUUUCCAAACAACUGAGAUGGGUUGAUUGGAAACAAUCUUCCUUUAAAUUUAUACCGAAUGACUUUGAUCAGGGAAAUCUAGUCGUUUUUGAAUUAAAAUAUAGCAAUGUUAAACAAGUUUGGCAGGAGACCAAGUUGUUGGAGAAGCUAAAAGUUCUCGAUCUGAGUCAUUCCAAGUACUUGAAAAGCACGCCUAACUUUUCAAAAUUACCAAAUCUAGAAAAGCUCAUUAUGAAGGAUUGUCAAAGUUUAUCUGAGGUACACCAUUCCAUUGGGGAUCUCAAGAAGAUUCAUCUCAUAAAUUUGAAGAAUUGUACUAGUCUUGCCAAUCUCCCUAUAGAGAUCUAUCAAUUGAUAUCAGUAAAAACUCUCAUUCUUUCUGGUUGUUCAAAGAUUGACAAAUUGGAAGAAGAUAUAUUGCAAAUGGAAUCCUUGACAACUCUAAUUGCAGCAAAUACUGGUGUCAAACAAGUCCCUUUUUCAAUUGUAAGAUCAAAAAGUAUCGGAUUUAUAUCGCUAUGCGGAUAUGAAGGAUUUUCACGCGAUGUUUUUCCAUGUCUCAUUCAGUCUUGGAUUUUACCAACCAGAACUUCCCUACCCCGUGUUUCUCCAUUUGGGAGCAAUUCAUUGUCUCUUGUUUCCUUGGAUGUGGAGAGUAAUAAUAUGGCCUAUCACUCACCAAUGCUUACCAUCCUUUCAAAACUUAGAUGUGUUUGGGUUCAAUGUCAUUCAAAGAAUCAACUAACUCAAGAGUUACAAAAGUUUGUCAAUGAUCUAUAUGAUGUGAAUUUUAUUAAGUUGGAAACAACAUCACAGGGAUCAAACACCUCAAAUCAUUCCUUGAGAUCACUUGUGAUUAGAAUGGGAAGUUCCGAAAUAGUCAAAGAUACUCUUGAGAAGAGCUUAUCACAAGGAUUGGCAGCCAAUUCUAAUGAUUCUUUUCUUCCGGGUGACAAUUAUCCUUCUUGGUUAGCCUAUAGAGGUGAAGGACCUUCAAUACAAUUUCAAGUUCCUCAGGAUGCUGAUUGUGGAAUGAAGGGAAUAACUUUAUGUGUUGUUUAUUCAUCAACACCUGAGAACCUGACAACUGAAUGUCUCACUAGUAUCCUGAUCAUUAAUUACACAAAAUUCACUAUCCAGAUAUACAAGCGAGACACGGUAAUGUCGUUUAAUGACGAAGAUUGGCAAGGUGUCAUAUCAAAUUUAGGAGUUGGUGACAAUGUGAAGAUUUUUGUAGCUAUUGAGCAUGGAUUGAUUGUUAAGGAGACGGCUGUCUAUCUAAUUUAUGGUCAGUCAACUGCUAUGAAAGUUGAGCCAACAAUUGAAGUGGAAGUGCAACCAUCGCUUGAUGCGAAAACGGAGCCAUUACCUAGAGGGAAAACGCAACCAUCACCUAAUAUGAUGGCGGAGCCAUCACCUAAUAUGAUGGCGGAGCCAUCACCUAGAGUGGAAGUGGAACCAUCACCUAGAGUGGAAGUGCAACCAUCACCUGAUGUGAAAAUGGAGACAUUACCAAAGCCAAAUGAAAAUAUCUUUAUAAGACUCGCAAAGAGAAUAGGGAAAUGUCUAUUCUUGAACCAAAUCUUCUGUAAUCAUUCAUCUUCUCUCUUGUCUCAUAAUAACAAAUCCAUGUUUUCUUCAACAUCUAGACCUCAAUGGAUCUACGAGGUGUUCAUCAAUUUCCGGGGAAAAGACACUCGCAGCAAUUUCGUUUCUCAUCUUUAUGCAGCACUCUCAAAUGCUGGAGUCAACACUUUUCUCGACGAUGAGAAUCUUCAAAAGGGAAAGGAACUUGGACCAGAGUUACUGCGAGCAAUUCAAGGUUCUCAGAUAUUCAUCAUUGUUUUCUCGGAAAACUACAUUCACUCAAGUUGGUGUCUUGAUGAACUCUCACAAAUCAUGAAAUUUCACACACAUAAGGAUCGAGUCAUUAUGCCUGUAUUUCACGGUGGUAUUACCCCUUCGUAUAUACGUGACUAUGCUAGGGAUACUUUUGGAGAAGCUCUCCAUGGAAAUAGCAACACAAAUAACUUGGAAAGUCCACCAAAGAUAACACUUAACACUCCUUGGACUUUGUUUAAUUGGGGUAUGAGUAACAGCAGUGAUGUGGAUGAAAGUUCUCGAAAGAAAGCACUCAUUGAUGCUUCGAAUUUGGCUGGUUGGGAUAUGAAUAAUUAUAGCAAUGAAAGCAGUGUUGUGAAGGAAAUUGUUGGCCAAGUUUUGAUAAAACUAGACAAAAAAUGCUUACCUAUCCCAGAUUUUCCAGUUGGACUAGAAUCCCGUGCGGAUCAGUUGAUUCAAUUUUUAAGACAGAAUACAAGAGGAGUUUGUUUGGUGGGGAUUUGGGGAAUGGGGGGGAUUGGCAAAAGCACCAUUGCCAAAGUCAUCUACAAUAACCUUUGUUAUGAAUUUGAAGAUCGAUGCUUCCUUGCUAAUAUUAGAGAACGUUGGGAGAAAGAUAGGGGCCCAAACAAUUUACAAGAACAACUUCUUUCAGAUAUCUUAACAAGAAAGAUAGAGGUGCAUAGUGUUGAGUGGGGAAAAGCUAUGAUCAACGAACGACUCUGCACAAAACAGGCACUUGUUGUACUUGAUGAUGUGAGCAUGCGUGAGCAAUUAAAUGCACUAUGCGGAAAUCGAAAUGGAAUUGGUCCUGGAAGUAUAAUAAUCAUCACAACAAGAGAUGUGCGUUUACUUAAUAUCCUUGGAGUUGACUUUAUUUAUAAAGUAAAGAAAUUGAAUAACCACGAGUCCCUUGAGCUUUUCAGUUGGCAUGCGUUUAAGAAGGCAAGUCCAACUAAAGGAUUCCUUAGUCUCUCAGGAGGUGUAGUUUCCUACUGUGGUGGACUGCCACUAGCUCUUGAAGUCCUUGGGUCUUACUUGUUCAAUAGAAGAAAACAAGACUGGCAGAGUGUAUUAUCAAAGCUAGAAAAGAUACCCAAUGAUCAAAUUCAUGAGAAACUAAAAAUAAGCUUCGAUGGUUUAGAGGAUCACAUGGAAAAGGAUAUAUUUCUUGAUGUGUGUUGUUUCUUUAUUGGUAAGGAUAAAGCUUAUGUUACAGAUAUACUAAAUGGUUGUGGACUUCAUGCUGAUAUUGGAAUAACAGUGCUGAUAGAAAGAUGCCUCAUAAAAGUUGAAAAGAAUAGUAAGCUUGGAAUGCAUUCCUUGCUACGAGACAUGGGAAGAGAAAUUGUUCGUGAAAGUUCACCCGAGGAGCCUGAGAAGCGUAGUCGAUUGUGGUGUCAUGAGGAUGUAGUUGAUGUAUUAACCAACCGUACCGGGACAAAAGCCAUUGAAGGAUUAGUUAUGAAAUUGCAAGGGACCAGUAAUGUUUGCUUUGAUACUAUUGCUUUUGAGAAAAUGAAGAGGAUGAGGUUGUUGCAACUUGAUAAUGUACAAUUCAUUGGAGAUUAUGAAUGUUUUCCAAAGAACCUGAAAUGGCUUUCUUGGCAAGGAUUUCCUUUAAAAUACGCACCAGAAAACUUUUAUCAAAAAAAUCUAGUUGUUAUGGAAUUAAAAUGCAGUAAUCUUAUACAAGUUUGGAAGAAGCCUCAGUUGUUGCUGAAGCUAAAAAUUAUCAAUCUCAGUCAUUCCAAGUACUUAAAAAGCACCCCUGACUUUUCAAAAUUACCAAACCUAGAAAAACUCGUUAUGAAGGAUUGUCAAAGUUUGUCCGAGGUGCACUCAUCCAUUGGAGAUCUCAAGAAUCUCCUUCUGAUAAAUUUGAAGGAUUGUACAAGCCUUAGCAAUCUUCCAAGAGAGAUAUAUCAAUUGACGUCAGUGAAAACUCUCAUCCUCUCUGGCUGUUCAAAGAUUAACAAGUUGGAAGAAGACAUGGGGCAGAUGGAAUCCUUGACAACACUGAUUGCAAAAGAUACAUCUGUAAAAGAAGUUCCCUAUUCAAUACUAAGAUUAAAAAGUAUUGGAUAUAUAUCCCUUUGUGGAUAUGAAGGAUUAUCGCGUGAUAUUUUUCCAUCUCUCAUUAUGUCUUGGAUGUCACCAACAAUGAAUUCCUUAUCACACAUUCCUCCUUUUGGUGGUAUGUCAAUGUCUCUUGUUUCCCUGAACAUAGAGACUAAUAAUUCGGGUUUGGUCUAUCAACCAGAAAUACUUAGCAGCUGUUCAAAAUUAAGAAGUGUUUCGAUACAAUGUGACUCAGAAAUUCAACUGAAACGAGAAUUCGUAAGACUUCUUGAUGAUCUAUAUGGUGCAGGUCUUACUGAACUGGGAACAUCAGAUGCAUCACAAAUUUCAGGUCUUUCCUUGAGAUCACUUUUGAUUGGAAUUGGAAGUUGCGACAUUGUCAUUGAUACUCUUGAAAAGAGCUUUUCACAGAGAUUGGCAACCAAUGGCAUUUCUUUCUUUCUGGAAGACAAUUAUCCUUCUUGGUUAGCCUAUAGGGGUGAAGGACCUUCGGUAAAAUUUCAAGUUCCCGAGGAUACUGAUUUUGUAAUGAAGGGCAUAACUCUAUGUGUUCUUCAUUCAUCAACACGAGAAAAACUGACAUCUGAAUGUUUCACUAGUCUCUUGAUUAUUAAUUACACAAAAUUCACUAUCCAUAUUUACAAAGGAGACACAGUAAUGUCGUUUAAUGAUGAAGAUUGGCAAAGCAUGAAAUCAAAUUUAGGAGUUGGUGACAAUGUGGAGAUUUUUGUAGCUAUUGGGCAUGGAUUGGCCGUAAAGGAGACGGCUGUCUAUCUAAUAUAUGGUCAGUCAACUACUAUGGAAAUUGAGCCAACAAUUCAAGUGGAAACACAACCAUCACCUGAUGUGAAAACGGGACCAUCAGCUGAAGAGGAACUACAACCAUCACCUAAUGUGAAAACGGAAUCAUCACUUUUUGUCAAGAAUGAACCAUUAUCGAAGACAAAAAGAAUUUCCUUUAUAACAAUAGCAAUAAAAGUGAUAGAAUGUUUAUUCUCGAACCAUAAUUGAGAUGUUACCAAUUAUAUAUUGGACAUGCACUCUGUUCUAUAUGGAACUCUCUUGUAUGUUUUGUAAUAUAUUUCAGGGAGAGACUAGGGAGAAUGUACAAUGCUUGCUUGGCCAUUAAUGUGAUUGAUCGCGGGAUCCUGAUUUUCUUCUCA